UCAAACAGUCCACACCUUGAAAACGUCGCAAUCCAGUUUUCGGUUCUCCGACUUAGACUGCGGUGCGUGUCGGUAACCAAAGAGGAUCUACCUACCAAGCCCUGGUACCUCGGCAUCUUCCCCAGCUUCAUCUCCGCAUCCAACAUCCGCCGACGAAACAGAACCCCAUGUUAUGUCACUCCUCCCCACGACACUUCUUACUUGAAUUGCGCACCUGAUUCUUGACUGCUCACACAAAUUCACAACAUUAUCCCUUCUCUUUCUUUCUUCACGAUACUGUACCUUCACAGCUCAUCGACCUACCAUCUGCUCACUCAUCACACCGGGUCAACUAUAUCGUUAGUUACAUUGAAGAACCACACCGCAUUAUCCUCAGCCCUCUUAAUAGCAACCUGAAGAGCAUCCGCGAAUUGGAUUGCUGAUACGAAUUGUAAAGACAAGAUGCCUUCGGAAGAUCAACCUAGAGUCAAGCCCAGGGUUCUCAGCAAGGAACUUUCUGAGAGCCUUCCGGAUCCGGGGGAGUUUGAAGGCGUGAAAAAAGUGCGGAGUAUGGCAGCGGAUCUGGGGACAGAGCGAGUAAAAGGCAAAGUGGUCAUCAUAACCGGUGCAAACAGCCUCAUCGGCAUCGGGCGGGCAACAGCGCACAACCUGGCCCGCCACGGCGCAAAAGCGCUCUAUCUCUGCGAUUUCGCCUCGACCAACCUCGCCCAUCAUGAACGCGAGCUCACCACCCUCUACCCUUCCGUGGCAGUCUCAACCCACCAGUUCGAUGCUGCCGACGAAGCAGCCGUAUCGGCCGUCGUCUCCCAAGCUCUCCGCGAGCACGGCCGUCUAGAUGUUUUCUUCGCCAAUGCGGGAAUCGCCUCAGGCCGGCUCUUCUGGGAAGAAGACACGGAAGGCUUCAUGAAGAUGAUGCGCACCAACGCCCUCAGCGUCUUCCUAGCCGCAAAGUACGCUUCCCGCGCCAUGCUCGUCACGUCCCCCGCGAAACCCUACCCACAGGGCUCCAUCAUCGCGACGGCGUCGGUCGCGGGACUCCGCAGUAACGCUGGUCCGACGGAUUACUCGGCAAGCAAGGCCGCCGUCAUCAGUCUGGUGCAGACGUGCGCGUACCAGCUCAUAGGCACGGGAAUCCGCUGCAAUGCCGUUUGCCCUGGGCUCAUCGAGACGGGCAUGACGGCGCCAACGUUCGAGAAGGCUAGGGAGAGGGGCACGGAGCGCAAGAUUGGGCAGCUGAAUCCGUUGCAGAGGGGUGGGCAGCCCGACGAGGUCGCCAAAGUGGUGGCGUUUUUGGCGAGCGACGAGGCGAGCUAUGUUAAUGGGCAGGCUUGGGCUGUUGAUGGCGGGUUAUCUGCCGGUCUGCCUUUUGUUCCGGGCAAGUUGGCCUAA